AUGGCAGACGUUCGUUCAUUACUUCGAAAUGAGCUUGCCUCUCGCAAGGGCGCAAGCCAACCGGGGAGCACAGCAGGUCGAGUUACCAAGAAGCGAAAGGUAGAUAACGGGGAUGAUUUGACGCGCAAAAAGAUGAGAUCUACAGAUGUGAAACCAGAGCAACAUCCAUCGGUACAGCCGCCGAGUGCCCAGGCUUUAGAAGAAGAGGAAGAUGUGCAACAACAAACAGAGAGCAAAACAGCCGGACCAGAGUUUCCACCAGAGUCUGAACUUGAGCUAGAAAAUCAUGAAGCGACCGCAGAACCUCCCACAGCUCCGUCCGCAGCUUCGAAACCGGCCGCAGAUACUUCUCAGUCCAUUGACGAAGAUGAAUGGGCAGCGUUUGAACGUGAAGUGGCGGCACCAAGUCGCCUGCCUCAGGCACCCGCUGCCAUCUCAGCAGCAGCCACGAUAUCAGCAGCACCUGUCUCCGCGGAACAACUUGCAGCACAGCAAGAGAAAGAGAAGGAGUCAAUGUCAAGAACACGUGAAGCCGAGGCUGAGGGUGAACGGGAGGAUGCCGCUCGAUUCUUAGAAGAUGAAUUUGAUGAGAUGGAACAACUUGAAGAGCGAGUUAGGAGGCUCAAACACAAACGGGAGGAGCUGAGAGAAAAGCGGGCCGCCGAUGAGGCUGAAGGGCAUCCGUCUACCAUCACCAAGUCGAAGCAACAAGAUGCUGAGGCCGCCAGCGAAAACGCCGAUGACGACGAUGAUGAAGACGACGACGAUGAUGACUGGGACAACUGGAGAUUCAGGUAA